AUGCUCGUCCAAGAAACCACCCACGAUGUUCCCACCACAGCCGAUGGCCAGGGGUCGAUGCGCAUCUACGUCUUCCAUCCAUCAAUCCCAGGCUACCCGAAAGCUCGCUUUCCCGGCGUUGUCGUCUUUAGCGAGAUCUACCAAGGCCCCGAGCCCUUGAAAUAUGAUGCCGAGGACACGGACAAUGGCAACAAAUGGAAGAUCACCAAGAAACUUUCUGCCUACGACGAAGAUGCUAGCCUCUGCGUCGACUACCUCCUCUCUCUGGAUACCUGCAAUGGCCGCGUCGGCGCCACGGGCAUGUGCCUCGGUGGACAUCUCGCGUACCGCUGCGCGCUCGAUAGCCGCGUGAAGGCUGCAGUGUGCUACUUCGCUACAGACAUUCACAGCAAGACGCUGGCGCAGGGCAAGAACGAUGAUAGUCUGCAGCGCGCCGGGGAUAUCAAGGGCGAAUUAUUGAUGAUCUUUGGCAAAAACGAUAAUCACGUCCCGCCCGAAGGCCGCGAUUUGAUUCGCAAGACCUUGCACGAGAAAGGGGUUUUGUUCGGCUUUUACGAGGUUGCUUGGGCUCAGCAUGCUUUUAUCCGCGAUGAGCUCAGCAAGGGCCGCUACGAUCCGGCAAUUACUAAGGUGUGCUUUGAGAUGAUGAUGGAGUUGUUCGGGCGCACGUUGAAGCUGGAUCUGGGUGAGCCUGAUGGGAAGAAGUUGGUUGUUGAGGAUGUCUGCUAG